UUAAGCAAGUCCAUCACGUCCCCAUUGCCCCGGCAACCAGCAGGUAUCACAGGAUCCUCGGCCAGGGCCUGCCCGCGAUUGGCUGCCGAGCGGCGUCAGGGAGAGGGGAAGGGCAGGGCACCGACAUCAUCAGCAGCAGCAGCCAGGAGCAAAAUCAGAGGCAGCAUCAAUCGGUAGCAGUUUCACAGGCACAGUGACAUCAGCAAGCAGCAGCAGCAGCAUCGUCGUCGUCAUCAUCACAUGCAGCAGACGGCAGCAGUAUCUCAGGCACAGUGACAUCAGCCGCAGCAGCAUCACCGUGAUCAUCAUAAGCAGCAGUACCAGCAGCAGCAGCAUCUUAAGAGGCAGAAGCAUCAGCAGCAGCAGCAUCAGCAGCAUCAUCUUAAGAGGCAGAAUCAGCAGCAGCAUCACUGGCGGGCGUGGCUGGAACGAGGGAGGAGGAGGAGGAUCGUGGAAGAGAGCGAGAGGAUUUUUUAUGCCGGACGGGUACAGGUGGGCCGGCAGCAGGUCGCGCUCCUUGAGCACCUGCCCCCCCGGCUCCUCUCGGCGCUGAGGAUCCGUCCGCGGCCGCCGCCGCCGCAGCAGCCGCAGCCGCGAUGCCGGACAAGAAACUGAUGCAGGACGACCUGGGCGACGCCCGGGUCGGGAACCAGAACUUCUACGGCCACGCCGCGGACGGCCGCGCGUUCCGCCCCGUGGGGCCGGGCCCGGUCGGCCGGGCCCUGGGGGCGUUCGAGCGCGAGCCGGCCGGCUGGGCAGACGAGGGCGGCUGGUACGAGCGCCUGCCCCCCCUCUACGCGCCGGCCGACUGGGGGGCCGUGCUCAACCUGCCCGAGAUCGAGGAGUGGCUGCGGCGCACGGCGGAGCGCGUGCGGGACCUGGCGGAGUUCGUGCAGCACGACACGAGCAACCGGCACAUCGACUUGCACCUGGUGCAGCUCAAGGACAUCAGUGAGGACAUCUCGAGCCACGUGGAGGUGGUGCACGCCUUGCUCGAGACGGCCUUCCCGCUGCGUCUGCUCGCCGUCUCCGUGCAGGUGUUGCUGGACAUCCAGGCGGCGCACCUGCUGUGGCACCAGCUGCGCGUGUCCACGCUGGUGCUGCGCGAGCGCAUCGUGCGCUGCCUGCAGGACUCCAACGGGAACUUCACGCGCCAGCCCGACAUCCUGCAGGCGGUGGGGGGCGGCGGGGGGGAACACAGCUGCUUCGAGUCCCUGGGCAGCGUGGAGGACCUGCAGAACCUCAUCGUCAAGUGCUCCAAGAAUUAUUUCUCGCUCGACUGCGGCAUCACCGCCAUCGAGCUGUCGGACUACAGCCCCAAGGAGGAGGAGGCGGCCGCUCCGCAUGCCGACCCCGACCCUGAUGGACGGGAGCCGCUGGAGGCCGACGCGGAGGAGGAGGAUGAGCAGGUGAAGGAGGUGAAGGAGGUGAAGGAGGAGACGGUGCGAUCGGCAGGUCCAGGUCGGCGCGGCCGCCGCGAGCCACAACCGGACGUCGGAGCCGGUGGCUUUCCUGGCAUGGCCGACGGAAGCCGCCCGUUGGCGUGCGGUUCGACCGAGCGGCAGGAUCGCGCCGGGCACGGCGGCGUUCAUCCCGAGCCCGAAGCCGGUCUGCCCCAUCGCGAGCGCGUGGAGGAGAACGAAGUCGGCGGACGCGCCGGCGAGACCGACGCCCCGCGGGGACCGACGGCCGUCACGGGGGCGAGCGGCCGCGUUCCCUCCGGACGCACGGAGGCCGCGCACGACGAGCUGGACCGCUCGGACGCGGAUUGUUCGCGGCGGCGGUCGAGGCGGCAAAGUGCGGUGGCGGUGCCGGUGGCGCCGGCGGGGAGAUUCUCGGCACCGGAGGCGGGUCGGCAGCUUGGCAUCUCCCCCGGUCGGCCCUCGUCGCCGCCACGUGGAGACGCGCGGGGGGCCACCACCACUUCGACGGAGGGUGACUGCGAAUAUUUCCAGGCGUCGUCGGAUCGAAGCAAAGGCGACGGCGACGAGGUGGACGGCUCCCAGGGAGGAGGAGGCGGCUCGUCCUCGCGUGCCACGGAGCGAGACGGCGAGCGUCGCCCACGUGACGCGCACGCAGAGGAGGAGGAGGAGAAGGAGGAGUCCUACCUCACCCUGUCCCACAGCGCGAGUCUCACAGCGGACGAGGGAGAGCCCCUGGAAGUCGGAGGCGGCAGAGCCGGUGACCCCGGCGACCUCGGUUUCUCCGGCGGCCCCGGCGUGUCGCCCCGCGACCCAGCCUCCCCUCCGCGCUGCGACUCUGCCGAGUACCUGGCGCUACUGACGCCGCCGCCGCCGCCGCCUCGGUUCCACGCGGCGGCGAGGGACCUGGACGACUGGGAGCUGUCGGAGGCGGCGUCGGACCCCGGCUCCCCCGAGCGGGGCCACGGCACUCCGGUGCCGUGGGACGAGCCGAGCCCCGACGCCGAGGCCGGCGCCGGCGCGGUGACGGGGGGCGGCCGCGGCACCGGCUUCACCGGGAAGCCGUUCGACGACACGUUCCCGGACGCGUCGUCGGACGACGAGCAGGAGGGCGCGCUGCUCGCCGCCACCGCGCCGGCACUCGACCGCCCGGGAGCCCGGCGACUCCACGAGGAGCUCCGCGGUUGUCUCCGGGGACACCCGGACGCCGACGUCGCACGCAGAGUCGAGCUGUUUGCCCAGCGGCUGGGGGAGCUGGAGGGCUGGGUGGAGGCAGCCGCCGGCGCCCUGCACGAGUGGACGCCCCCCCAUGACUCCGCCAACGCCCCGAGCCCCCAGACGUUGCAGCUGAACCCGGACGCUCACCGAGCGGCGAAGGAGCUGGUGCUGGCCGAGGGGCUCGCGCUCCUCUCGCUGCCGCAGCUCGCCCAGUCCGGCCUGAAGGGCGAGCUGGAGCGCGUGGAGCGCCUGUGGCGGGAGCUGAGCGAGGGGGCGCCGGAGGCGCGGGGCGACGGGGGCGGCCGUCGCCCCGCCGGCGGCGGCAUCCGCGGAGACGACCCCACCAGGACGGAUGGGACGAGGCCCGACCAGCCGCAGGCAAAUGGCCCGGAAGCAUCCGAGAAGUUGCUGCAGUGGCAGGAAGUCGACAUCGCCGUCUCUACGGAGGAGGGGGACGAGGAGGAGGAUGAGGAGCAGGAGGCCACGAUGCGCGACCUCUGGGCCUGGUUGUGCAACGUGGACGAGGCCCUGGCGGGGGCGGCUGGAUGGGGCCCCCUCGCGUCCCCACGGCACCACCAGAGCCUCCUCAAGGUGUUUGGCGCGGAGCUCCCGCUGUGGCGACGACGGGUGGAGCGGAUCGCCGUGCGGGCGGCGGAGGGGGGUCCCCGGCGUGGGGGGCUCCACGCUCGGCUCCGGCCUCUGCUCCGCAAGUGGGACGCGGUGCAGGCGUUGCUGGAGGACGCGUGCCCCCCGUGCGAAGGCGACGGCGGCUCGCCGGCCGUCCGGGCCUUGCUGGGCGCCGACGCGGCCGCCCUGCUCACUCGCCUGGGCGUCGCCGUGCGCCACUUGCGCCGCUGGCUCCUCCACGCCGAGCAGCUGCUGCUGCACGCCGCGGCCGCCGGCGACGCAGACCUCGCCCGCGACCUGGACGCUCACGUCGGCCGCUUCAAGUCGCUGUGCGCUCACAUCCGGCAGCGGCGCAGGGGCAUGGGCGCCCUGCUGCGCCUGUGCCACCGCCUGCUGGAGCACGAGGAGAGCGCCGCCGGGAGUGGCGGCCGAUCCCCGCCGCAUCUCUCGGCUGCCACGCUCCACGGCACGUGGCCCGGCGCAGCCGCCGCCGGGACACCGCAAAACCCGGACGGCGCCCCCGGACCGGCGGACCGGACUCGCGGCGAGCCGUCCGCGAGCGACGAGCUACGGCCUCGCGGACGGACGGUUCCGGCUCGCGAGCCCCAGCGACCGGAGGUUGCCGGCGCUCCCGGACAAGGGGGCGGCGCGGAGUGGGUAGAGGCGGCGGAGCAGGCCGGAGGGGCCGGCGAGGUGCGGCGGCUGGCGGAGGGAAUGGAGCGGCGGUGGGAGGCGCUGGUGCUCCAGGCCGUGCACUGGCAGUCGCGGCUGCAGCGGUGCUGCACGCCGGAGCAGGCGCCGCUGCGGCACGUGGACGCGUCGCUCGCCGACCUGUGCUGCUCGAGCGACGAGGCGCUCGAGUGGGACGAGACCGACCUGGACAACGAGCUCAUCACCUCCACCUUCGAUGACGAGGGCGAGCACGACGAGGGGGAGCACGCCGAGGAGGAGCACGCGGACGACGACCCCACCAGCGCGUACUUCUCUGCCUCGGCGCCGCGUGGCCGGGCUCCGCGGGCGACGACGAAGGAGAAAAACGACGAGGAAGAGGAAGAGGAAGAGAGAGCAGCGGGAGGAGGAGGGAUGUCGUACGAGCCGGGCGGCUCGCUCGUCUACCAGGUCUACAGCGUGCACGACGUUUCCCUGGACGCCGACCCCACCCUGCCGCUCGACGGCGGCUUCGGCCUCCGUGGGCCGGGCAAGGCCAAGGGCCUGGUGAAGAGCGCCAGCAAGGACUCCUCCUUCUCCUCCACCGAGUCGCUGCUCAACCUCCUGGACGGGCUGCUGGGCGACGGCUGGGGGACGCCGGGCGUGACGGGCGAGUGCGAGAGCGGCAUCGCGAGCGAGGGCGACGCCGCCACCAUGUCCGACUCGCGGCCGCCGGGCGACGACGCGGCGCCCGGUGGGGCGGGAGACGUCCGCGCCGCGACGGGCGAGCGCUGCCCGGAGAAGGGGGAUGCGGCCGAUGAGAGGCGAGCGUCGCGGCGAAACCGCCCGGAUGAGGAUGACCGCGAGACGCCCAACCGGCCAGCGAGGCCUCUCGGCUUCUACGACAACGGCCACUUUCCAGAAGAGCCGGGGCGCCCGCCCCACGUGACGACGUCCGCGGGGUUUUCCGGAGCGCAGGUCCCCGAUGCGCAGUCGCCUCCUCCUCCUCCUCUGCCUCGUUAUUGUCUCUCCGAUCGCGACGACCCCGGGGCGGCGGAGAAGAAGCCGCUGCUCCGCGACGCCGCCGCUGCGCCGGAGCCACCCAGCCCCACGUCGUCGGCGUCGCUCACGGAGGACGAGCGCGACCUCCCGUCGAUGAAUUCGUCCGCAGACUCCACAUGCAUGGGCGGGGAGGAGUGCUACUACCACAGCGGUGCGCCGGCGGACAGGAGCGCGGCCACGGGGGUCGCCGCCGCUGGCUACCUCAGCGAGGCCACACUGGAGCUCCUGCAGCAGCUGGAAAAGGCGAGCGGCCGCCUGGGCGGGCGAGCGGCGCGUGGCGGCGCGUCGGGCGCGGCGCCGGAGAGCGUCUCGGCGCGGCCCUCGGUGCCGGGCGCUCGUCCCCCGCCGGAGGGGAGGCCCCGCGGGCGCGAGGACUCGGUCGCCUCCAUCUCAGAGCCGUCGGACGGGAGCUGCGAGGACGUCUCGCUGACGUCCGAUGACCGCGGCGAGCCGAGCGCCUCGCCGGCGGAGGACGCGAGCGUGAGCAUGAUCGUCAACAUCUCGGGCACGUCCGUCUGCUCGGAAGACGACGGCGACGACGACACGGACCUCCUAUCCAGCUCCACAGUGACCCUGAGCGACGAUGAAGAGGGCGACAAUGGCGGCGGCGACGAGGACGGCUUCUGCGUGGAUGAGGAGACCUCGUCCAGCUCGGGCAGCUGGGACGAGGACGACGACGACGAUGACGACAGCGACGACAGCGAGAGCUUCUCGGAGGACGAGUGUGCCGCCACGACCACGGCAAACCACGGCUUCUACCUGCGGCCUGCGUGGGAUGCGGCCCACCUGCAGAGCCUCACCGCGGUUCUCAGCGGCGGCGAUGGCGCCGCCGGGCGGCCGUUCGGAACGUUCUACGCGCGGUUCUCGCGUCCCGACCCACUGACCACUACCCUCGUGAACCCGUCGUGCGCAGCGGACGAGGGCGGCCUCCUCCCGCCCGGAACGUUCCGGGGAGCGGCCGACCCCGGCUCGGCGAGCAACGCCGACUUCGAGAACGGCAACGUGGACGAGUCGCCGUACCUGUCGUCCUUCGAGGAGGACAGUCUGUGCUUUGAGAACCCGGAGGGGGAGACGCUCUACGCGCCGGAGGGCCGGCCCAUUUCCCAGAGGGACUUUCUUGCCGAGAAGAAGAACAAGAAGAAGAUGGCGUCCUUCGUGCAGGCUGCGGUCUCCGCCCGGGCCGCCCGGGAGGACGGUGCAGAGCGUGGCGCCACCGGCGCGGCCGGCAAGGGCCACCGCCUCAUCAAGAAGUCGCACCAGAGGUGGAGCCACCCACCGGCGCGCGGGGACGAGCUCACGGCGGAAGACGCAGGUGGGCCGGAGCCGUCGCCGCCGCCGCCGCCGGGUAGUCAUUUGUGGUGCUCGGCCGAGCCUUCCGUGCUCCAGCCUACGACUCCGAUGCUGCCGGUGCCCUUCUCCACGACGAGGGAGGCGGGCGGCGUCACGCGGAGCAGCUCCGCCUCGUCCCUCUCGUUCUCGCGCAUCUCGGACGUCGGCCCGGACUCGGUGGAGAUUGACUGCGCCGCCGUGACGCCGCUGCGGCCCCGCGCGGACGCGCUCACGCUGGCGAUGGAAGCGCAGCUAAGCUGCUUCGAAGCGACAAUGGUGGCACCGCUGCGGCGGCGGCGUCGGGAGGAGGAGGAGGGUGAGCUCGCCUCCCCGGAGACCGGCACCGCGAGGCCGGCGCGUGGCGUGUGCCGCUACGUGACCGAGAUCAUCGAGAUCGCGUCGGCGGCACUCGUCAAGAUGUCCGCGCAGAGCGGGGGCGGCGGCUCCGUCCUCAACCGCACGUCCUCCUUCAGGCAGAGGAGCGAGCGGUCAAAACCGGCACCGCACGCCGGCGAGCCGCGCAAGGCCGCCGCGUACUCCUACGUGGCGCUGCGUGAUAGCGAGUGCGCCUGGGAGCUGAGCAGCUGCGACGACGACAUGUCCAGCACGCCGCUGCUGCCGCUUGACGAAGACACGCGCUCCGAGGAGGACGGGGAGCGCGGCGUUGCCGCCGAAGCACCACGGCCAGGGGCCGGAGCGCCGUCGGCGUCCCUGCCACCUCCUGCCGGGCGACCGGGCGCCACGAGCGAGACGGAGAUGCGGGGGACGGCCGGCGCUCCGGAGGAGGCCGCCGCACCGUCACCCGAGGGCUCGGCCCCUCCGCUGCUGCCGCCUCGCCGGCCGCUCCCGCCGCUGCCUCCGCCUCGGAACCCCCCGCCUCCCCCGCCACGCCGAUCCAGUAGCCUCCCGCACCCGACCGGCGCUCCCGCGUCUCCCGCGGUGUCUUCCGUAACGUCUCUCACGGGAUCUCCCGCCUCGUCUCCCGAUGGAGCGGCGCCAGCCUCUCCCGCCACGUAUCCCGCAACGUCGUCCGCCGCGUUUUCCAACGGAGCACCACCCACCUCUCCCGCCACGUCAUCCGUUGCGUCUCCCAACGGAGCACCAUCCGCCUCUCCCGCCAGGUCGCCCACUGCGUCUCCCAACGGAGCACCAUCCGCGUCUCCCGCCGUGUCUCCCGCCACAUCUCCCGCAGCGUCUCCCGCCGGAGCGCCUCCCACGCCGGAGGAAGAGGAGGAUGAGGAGGAGCAGGAGCAGGAGCAGGCGAACCGGAGCCUACAGAGUCUGCAGCAGGAGGACACUGGCUUGGACGAGAACAGCAACAGCAGCCAACCGACGGAGAGGAGCGGCAAGCGGCGUUCCCCCAAGCCCACGGGCGGCGUCGGAGUCGCCGCGUGGACGCGAGGGCAGGACCGCAACAAGAACGACCUCGUAGGCCCCGGCAACGGAAACACGGGCGGCACGACGGCCCCCAGGCGCACGCAGCAGGACGCCGUCGUCGCCGCGGUGAAGCAGCUCACGCCGAGGAGCCCGAGGCUCCGCGCGGGGCCCACGAGAACCUCGGAGGGGCCCGCGGAGCGCGGGAAAGGCUCCCGGGGCCUGGCCCACGUGGGGUCCGCACGGCAGGGCCACCCGGCGGCCCCCGGCGGCCGCUCCGGAGCCAAACUCCCUCCCUGCAACGCGGGAGGGAGGCCCAAAGCCCUCCCCUAAGCGCCCAGCAUUGGCCUGCACCCUGCGUCGCCUCCAGGUCCCAACGACGCGAUGACCCGAGCCGGCCACGGCCACCUCGACCCCCGGGGAGGAGCGGAGAUCGGAGUGGAAGAGGCGGUGUGGCCAGGACCCUCGGACCCUCCAGGCCGCUACCUCCGUGACCCCUCCCCUGCAAGGGAUUGCCCCGACCGGCCUUGCCGCCCCCCCCCCCCCAUCGCGCACUCGCGAAUUUCAUCUCGGGGGGCGGAGGGGCGGCAACAACGUCGGCCUCGGAGAAAUCGUGCGUAGGGAGCGGAGCGUCCCGUUGGUGCAGGUCGUCGUCUCCAUCCGAUGAGCAUGGUCGCAGGGGGGAGAGCGCGCGGUAGCUGCGCAGGGCUGUGCAGGUGCGCAGGGCUGUGCAGGUGGGCUGGGUUGUGCAGGUGCGCUGGGUUGUGCAGGUGCGCUGGGUUGUGGAGGUGCGCUGGGCUGUGCAGGUGGGCUGGGUUGUGCAGGUGCGCUGGGCUGUGCAGGUGCGCAGGGCUGUGCAGGUGCGCUAUGCUGUGCAGGUGCGCUGGGCUGUGCAGGUGCGCUGGGCUGUGCAGGUGCGCUGGGUUGUGCAGGUGCGCUGGGCCGUGCAGGUGCACUGGGUUGUGCAGGUGCGCUGGGUUGUGCAGGCGUGCCGAGCCGUGCGGUGUAGCGAUGCCGCACGACGCGAGCGGUAGAUCGAGCGGUGUUCGCCCGCGGGCCCUCGCCGCACAGGUCCGGCACGGCCAGAAACCAGGUGCUGCGCUUACUCGAAAUAGCGUGCGUGUGCGUGAGUGGGCGCUGGCACGCGUGUGCGUGUGUGCGUCCCCGUGUAUCUUUGUGUGUGUGCCUGUGUGUCUGUAUCAGUGUGUGUCUGUGGAUUUGGCUGUAAUCGCACCUUCUGCUGAUGUAUACAACCUGGAGGUAACCCCCUCACUUGCACACGGUCAUGGAUACACAAACACAGAUGCACAUUCACAGAAAGGCAAAGCUUCCUAGUAUAGCCUUUAACAGACUGUUGGGGCAAGUGCUGUUAGUGGACACGGCCCACGAGGGGGUGGGUGGCCAGCACCAUGCCCCGCCGCGUUUGUCUCCCCGGAACUGAUGUUUACACACCGCAUCAGGUACUCAUUUAAGGCUGAGUCGACCUCCAUCAUGUCGAUCGCCAUCAUGUCCAUCAUUACCAUCAUCGCCAUCAUCACCAUCAUCACCUCCAUCACCAUGAUCAUCAUCAUGGCCAUUACUAUCAUUCACCAAGGCCCCAUUACCACCAUCCAUGCCCUGCUCUGGCACCCCCAGUUAAUCGCACUGAUGGCUGAGCAGGUGUAUUGAUAUCCCAUACCGGUGUAUCUGGUUGGUGUAAGUAUCACUCAAACACACACACACGCCAACACGGGUACAUACGAACACACGAAGGUCAACACAAACUGUUGGGGCAAAUGCCGCUCUUGGCCACGAAUCAAACUCUGGUCACAACGCUCUCACACACACACAGGCCUCCGUUGGUUUUGUUUAGCCAGGUGAGACCACAAUAGGUCAGGCCAGCGGGUGGGGGUGGGAUAGGGGCGGGGGGGGGCUGUGGCUGCAGCUGUGUGUGUGUGUGGGCAAGAUCCCAAUCGACUCACGUGCGACGAGGUUCACCGAUUUGACAAAAGACGUGGACCCCCUGCCCGCGGCCGGCACGCGAUGGCCCCGCCUCUUGCCAAUGACGUCACGGGGAACCCCUGUGACGUCAUUGUUGUGCCCGCGGUAAUAACCAGGGGCGGCCGAUGGAAUUCGAGCCGUGAACCUCUAACAACAACUAGCGGCGGUGGGGAGGGGGGGGGGGCGCCGCCACCCUCAUACAGACAAAGGUGUUCCAUGUAGCUCGUUUACAAUUGGUCUCGGGGCAAGUGCUGCGAGCGAGCACCUAUUAAGACGCCCGCGGCGCACGAGGAGGUGGUGUGGCCAUUGCCACCGUCCGACCUCCUUUGUAUCCCUCGUGUUGAUAUUUACGAACACGUUUAGGGCUGAGACGCCCUAGGGGAGGCCCAGGAGACGUUUAUAAUUCUUGCCACUGAUGAUAGCCGUGUACCAGGGAAUCGAACUUGGACGAGCGGGAUGACAGCACAGUGCGCUCACCAGUGCGCCACCGCUCCCCUGCUGCAUGCACACAAAGACAACAAAUACUACAACAACAACAACAACGCCUGCAUUCAACUAAGUGACGGUGACUUCAUCACGGUGCUUGUACCAGGCUAGGUGCACUUUCAGGCCAUCGCUGGCAGGAGCCCCCCCCCCUCUCCCCCCCCAGGUGUUACGGGUUAAACUGAGAUGACUGGCAAAGGCGCCACCUGCAUACAAAGAUCCCCCGUAUAGCCUUGCACAGACUGUCGGGGCAAGUGUUCUUAGCGAGCUUCUAUGAAGAAGGCCGGCACGCCACAGGAGGGGUUGAUUGGCCAGCACCACGGCCGCCCGCCUUUGUCUCCCGAGUGGCGAUGUUUAUACACCGCACCAGGCACUCAGAAACGGUUCAGACAAUCGUCACGGAUGUGGGCCGUGAACGGGAAUCGAACUCGGGUCGUCGGGCUCGUAGCGCAGCGGUUUGAGCCACCACUGCGCCUCCAUACGUACGUACACACACACGCGUGCGCUCAUGGACCCAUCCACACACACACACUCGUGUGCGCGCAUGGCCCAAUCCACACACACACGUGUCUCCACGUGGGUUCUUGGUCUCAGCCCGAGGUGUCGUCUGUGUGUGGAUCAAUUAACUUCCUUGCAGUGGAAUUGCCCCCCCCCCUCCCCCCAGAUAAUUCCUCUGAAGCCAGCGGUGGAGAAACUUACGGCCACGUGGGCCAACUUGAUGUCCCGUCUAGCCGGGGCCACCAGGGGUCUCCCAACUUUAGGCACGGCCCGCAAACGAUGUUGUCACUGCAAGGCAUCUUAUGACCUGGCAACACCAUCAUCACCACCACCAACACCACUGUGUUGAAGCGUGGCCAGGCACUGCAGAAGGGCCUCUUGCAGUGACUGAGCUGUGCGUGAAAAGCGUGGCCCACCAGAGGCAUCACAAUCAUCGUCACAGCCAUCGUCUCUCCGCUGCCAAGUUGAAGGCCUCUUCCGCUCUGCCUCCCCCCUUCGCAUUUUCAGACUUCGCGAGUGCCGCGUCCCCUGUGAGUGGUGGUGUCGAGCGGUAGGGGGUGUGGGGGCAUCACGCGGUGAAUUCCCCCCCACCUCCACCCCCCAUCCCACCAAUUCCCCCUCCCAUAUAAACAAAUCUUCGGCCAUAUCAGAAACCCCCAUCAUAGUUCUAAAUUGAAGGCGCCAGUUCUCUCCGUGGAGUUCGUGUUUGUUCUCUCGCCCGUGUCCUGCAAUGGAUUUCGCUCCGGUGACCUCCCCGUAGCUAAACCCACCGCGCGCAGUCUCUGCCCUCGGCGUUGGCCACGAGCAUCCCAAUGUAGCAGGCAGGAGCCUCCUUAAUACACACAAAACGAAUCCCGUGGCUCUCCCCUGGGUAAUUAGGUCCAGAGCCUCUUCCCCCAAAUUGCCGAGCCUUUUGCGUACAGAUCCACCCCGCGUAUUAAAGGUCACCCCCCCCCUACAUAGCAGAGCCCCCCCGCCCCUACCCACAAUAUAACAGAGCCCCCCCCCCCGCUCAAGUGUAGCCACCUCCCCCCCCCGUGCCUUCCUCGGCCACCGUAGAGAGAAGGGCCCCAAGGUGAAUGCAGGUCCCGUUGCCUUCGUCUCUCUUCGUCUUCUUCUCGACAGAAGCGCGUUUCCGUGUACAUACGGCCGUGUACAGACGUCGCGCAACUUGUGUUCGCGUGUCCCUUCUUCGCUGUGUCGCUGUUGCCAGUCUGUGUGUGUGUGGGUACUCUAC